UCGACCAUAUGCAGACGACAAGGAUCGAGACCACGCGGCCAAGCCACGGGACCACCACCACGCGCCUGCCACGUCAGCCGCGGGUUCUGCUGCCACGUCAUUGGGAGGAACUGGAGGCGGGCUAUCAGCGGCUUCUGCUGUGGGUCCACCUGGGUUCUUGUUCCCUGCCACCGCUGCCACGUCAUCUGCAUCUGGGGGGGUGCGGCCAUCGUCACCCAACGUCUGCCCGCCUUCGCCUCUAACCCAGCAGCAAGCCUCUGUUGCCUCUGAGCCGACCGCAGCAGGAGCGAUGCAAGCAGCCGGCAGUGCAGAGCCGGUGCCGCCGAGACCCCAUUCCGUCUCCACCCAGUCUCCUCUGGCACCACUGCCGCCUGCGUCAGCUGCAGCGUCCCAGCAAUCCCACCAGCCGCACCAGUCCCAGCAGGCCCACCAGGCACAGCAGCGGCACCAGGAGGAGGUGCAGAGAAUGCUGGCGGCAAAGCGGGCGGCGGUGCAGAGAGCAAGGCAGAUGGGCGCCACAGGCCACUUCAAGCCGUGCGACUCCAUGUUUGGGAACUCCCUCGUUCCUGUGAUUCCGUUCCAGCAACCUUAG